AUGGCGGCUGCCUGCUGCAGCAGAGGCGGCGGCGGGAGGAGGAAAGGAAUGGAGCCGGCCCCGGGAUCAGCGGCGCGUGAGCUGCAUUGCGGUGCGGCGCGAGAUCCCGAGCCCGCGGCCGAAGUGGGGAAAAACCCUAGCGCCCGUACGGCCGCCGCAGCGCGUGGCUCUGUCAGGCGGCACGGCAGGCGGAGGCGAGGACUGGACACUGGACGGAGGAGUGAGGAGGAGGAGAGCAGGGGCCGAGGCGGACGUGGUCAAGACGUGAAAGUUGAAGAGGUGCGGGUGGCGAUGGGCGACGGCUUUGGAUUCCUCCUUGCUCUCGGGAUCGGGCCGUCCGACUACUUCCAGUUGCAGUUGGUGUGUGGACUGCAAUUCUGCAAACGAUUUUGUUUUCCUUUUUUACUUCGUUUUACGGUAAGCCAGGCUCAGUGCUAA